AUGAUAUUUUUAUUCGUGGUAAGAGUUCAAAAUAUCAACUAAUACAUAUUCCAAACUAUAAAUUGUUUCAGAUAUUUUUAUUAACCUCACUAGCUUUUGCUCAUGAAAUAAGUAACGGUGUAAUUGAUAAACCUGAAGUGUUUUGUGGAAUUGAUACAAUUCGAGUGAAUGUGAAUACCGAAAGAUCAUUUAAAGGUCGAAUUUAUGUUGAUGGAGAAUCUGAUAAACAACAUUGUGUUCAACAAUCAGAUGUGAAUUCAGAAAAUAAUCAAUUUAGUAUUCCAAUUGGAGCAUGUAAUAUGAGAAGACAAAGAACUCUACAUCCACGUGGAAUUGCAUUCUCAUUUACAAUGAUUGUUUCAUUUCAUCCAUUUUUUGUGACUGGAAUGGAUCGAGCAUUUAGUAUUCGAUGUUUUUUCUUGGAAUCUAUUAAAGGAUUGAAUGCGAAUAUUGAUGUUGGGUUAGUUUUUGAUUAAUGUUGGAGUCUCACGUUGGAAAAAUUCGAAAAUUUUCAUCGUAACGUUUUUGGAAGUUCUAGAAGUUGUGAAAUUUUAUUGAUUACAAAAUUCUGGAAAAAUGGCCAAGUUUCACAAAAAUCCAGAGUGAUUAAUUUUGAGACCGAAAAGAAUAUCCCUAUUUAACAUUUUUUUAAAUCUCGAUUCUAUUUCACAAUAUUUGUGAAACGUAAUUUAUGCCAGAUUUUUUUCAAAAGAAACUCAGAUUUUAUUAUUUUCUUACAUUAGUAAAAAUAUGACAUAGAGUCGAAUUUCAAAAAUUUGAAACAUUUGAGAACCUUAUUCAGAGCAGGAAAAAAUCUAGUCUGCUCAUCAAUUUUUAGAAAAAAAAGUGACGUGAAAAGAAAAACAAGAAUUUGAGUAUGAAUAUUCCUAGACACAUUCUUGUUUGAAGAAAGAACGUAUAUCAAAUUUCCAGAACGAUUGCUCCUCAAAACAUAGAUCAAGAAUAUUCUCUUCCGGUUUGUGCAUAUCAUUUAAAAGACGCAACUGAAGGACAUGUUCUACGAUUUGCACAAGUCGGUCAAAAAGUAACACAUUUAUGGAGAUGUGAUCAAGACGCCAGUCAUGUUUAUGGAAUUCUAAUUCAUUCUUGUUUUGCUGAUGAUGGACAUGGAAAUAAAUUCGAAUUAGUUGAUGAUCGAGGAUGUUCAACUGAUCCAUAUUUACUUCCACAAAUUGAAUAUGAAAAUAAUGCGAUAUCUGCGUUUACAAAUGCUAAUGUUUUCAAAUAUGCUGACAAAGUUCAAUUAUAUUUUACGUGCACAGUUCAACUUUGUUAUAAACACGAUGGAGGAUGCGAAGGGAUAACACCUCCACAAUGUGGCGGCGGAGGAAAUCGAUAUUUUGGACCACCUAGAAGUGAACACGGAAAAGAUGAUGAACAUCAAAAUGAAAAUAAGGUCGAUGGUUCUCAUGAAAAAGAAGAUCAAGCAAAAGAAGAUGAUCACUUCUUCAAAAAAGCUCCAGAAUUCCAACCAAUUCUUCUAGGACCUCCAAGUCCAACUGUUUUCUCACCCGAUAGUUUACCACUUUCCCCAUUCAAAGGUCCGAAAGAACUUCAAGAAGAGCCAAAGUGAGUGACUAAUCCAAAAUUAGAAAUUUAACAAAAACUUGAACAUUUUCAGCCCAUACCGUCGUGAUAGCCCAUUAAAUGAGACUGAAGAGGAUAUUAUAAUGGAAGUUGUGACACUUCGAACAACAAUUGGAACACCAACACCAUCAACUGCUGAAUUGGUCACAUUCAAACCAAUAUCAACAACAUCUUCAAAUACUUCACCAACAACUACAAAAGUUCGAAGAACUGUUGGAGAAAUGGAAACUGAUGUUAGUGUUGAUGUUAUUGUUUUGCCAGUUGAAGAUAAGGAAAGAAAAGGUGAGAAUAUUAAUAUUAGAGUAGAAAAGUACUGUAGAAAAAACUUCGAAAUUAUUUUUUAAAAAAUUUCGCAAAUUAUUGAUUAUUGAAAAAUAGGGAACCAAAUUCGUGGAAAAAGAUAAAAAGAACUUGAGAAGCCUGAGAACUAGCUUGGAAAUAUGAUUGGAAUAAUAUAUUUAGGAUUAAAAAUUGAUCUGGAUGAUCCAAAAACUUAGAAAAAAUAAAAUCCAGGUAGCCGCUUUUUUGAGGACAAAACUACCAAUUUCUGAAAAUUUCAGAGCCCACUUUUCAUCAUUUGUGAGAGGAAAAAUUCCAAAUUUGAAACUUUUCGAAAAAAUUGGGUUUUUCAAGAAUUCUCCAGAUUUUAACUAGAAUCUUAGAAAAUUUUUUGAGAGGUUCAAACGAUCUACCAUUCUGGAAAAAAGCAAAUUCUAGUUGAAAAAAAAACAAAAUAAAGCAUCCUAUUUUUGUGAAUACUCGACUGGCUAAUUGUUUGUUUUUGUUUGUCUUGGCUCAUCGAAAGGCGAGAAUGAAAUCUAAUAUUCUCUAGUAUUCAAAAUAUAAUCUGCAGACAGACAAGAAAAAAUUCGGAUCAGAAAAAAAAAAUAAAUGAGAGCGAGUGAGCACUUGAAAGAGCACAGCUGCAACAAAAAACAUAAAAAAUAAAUACAACUUUUUAUGUGUGUUUUUACAAGACAAGAAAUUCGAGAUCCAAUUAUUUUUUAUAACAAUUCCUGGGUGAAACAUAGAAGGUUCUCACCCUAAAUUAAAUAAUGCCCUCUAAUGAUCCUGUGAGGAUCUAGUUUUGGAACUUAUCUCACUUCUAAAAUUUACUCACCAUAUAUUCAUUCUUCCAGAUUCAAAUUCAUCGCCUCAACCACUUUCAUUCCAAAAUUCAUCGGAAGUUUGUAUUUCCAAAACAUCAACUGCUUUAUUAUCAACAGCUUUAUUGAUUGUUUUGAUUUGUUGUUGUACAGUCACAUUUUUGGUGUCAAGAAAUCGACUUCGAAGGGAAAUUCACAAUAAAAGACGACUUGAUAAUUUCUAA